AUGCGUCCGGAUCCCCUUGCGUUAUUCUUGUCAUUUGUGUCCUAUCCCCUUGUUAUGCAUUUGUGUCUAUUUAUAUAUGUGAUUCUAUGCGUCCGGAUCCCUGUUAUGUAUGUGGACCUAUGCGUCCGUAUUCUUGUCUUAUGUAUGUGGGUCUCAUGCAUCCGUAUCCCCUUGUUAUGCAUUUGUGUCUAUACGGUUAAUAUAUGUGAUUCUAUGCGUCCGGAUCCCUGUUAUGUAUGUGGACCCAUGCGUCCGUAUUCUUGUCUUAUGUAUGUGGGUCUAUGCAUCCGUAUCCCUUGUUAUGCAUUUGUGUCUAUACGGUUAAUAUAUGUGAUUCUAUGCGUCCGGAUCCCUGUUAUGUAUGUGGACCUAUGCGUCCGUAUUCUUGUCUUAUGUAUGUGGGUCUAUGCGUCCGUAUCCCCUUGUUAUGCAUUUGUGUCUAUACGGUUAAUAUAUGUGAUUCUAUGCGUCCGGAUCCCUGUUAUGUAUGUGGACCUAUGCGUCCGUAUUCUUGUCUUAUGUAUGUGGGUCUAUGCAUCCGUAUCCCCUUGUUAUGCAUUUGUGUCUAUACGGUUAAUAUAUGUGAUUCUAUGCGUCCGGAUCCCUGUUAUGUAUGUGGACCUAUGUCCGUCCGUAUUCUUGUCUUAUGUAUGUGGGUCUAUGCGUCCGUAUCCCCCUUGUUAUGCAUUUGUGUCUAUACGGUUAAUAUAUGUGAUUCUAUGCGUCCGGAUCCCUGUUAUGUAUGUGGACCUAUGCGUCCGUAUUCUUGUCUUACCUAUGCGUCCGUUAUGCAUUCUUACGGUUAAUAUAUGUGAUUCUAUGCGUCCGAUCCCUGUUGUAUGUGGACCUAUGCGUCCGUAUUCUUGUCUUAUGUAUGUGGGUCUAUGCAUCCGUAUCCCUUGUUAUGCAUUUGUGUCUAUACGGUUAAUAUAUGUGAUUCUAUGCGUCCGUCCGGAUCCCUGUUAUGUAUGUGGAUCCCCUAUGCAUUUGUGUCCGUAUUCUUGA